AUGACCUUUCUCAACAGGAGGACAAUGAUCCCCCCAAAGAAUAUGAUCCUGGGCAAUUUGCAGGCCUUCUUCAUGGGUCCUCUCCAGCCUACGAGUCCCCCGAGAAUCCAUUGCAUCUCUAUGGGAAAAGAGAUCAAUGUGAAGGACAAGUGGAAGUCAGUUCGGCAAACAGUCCUUUGCCUUUCAAGCAGCCUUCAGUAGAGAGUAACUCGGAACCUGUAGUAAAGAAAAUUAAACCCAAAGUGGUCAGUAGAACAAUUUUUCACAAAAGAAGCAACCAACUCGAAAACCAUACCAUUGUUGGCACAAGAACAGCCAGGAGUGGAUCGCGGAAUGGAGACCAGUGGGUUGUGAACACAGGGGGUUUCGUGGAGAGAGCCUGUACUCUGGGGAGAAUAAGGUCAUUGCCUAAAGCCCUGCUUGACAUGCACUUAUCAAAAAGUGUCUCUAAGUCGGAUUCUGAUCUCAUUGCCUACCCAUCAAAUGAGAAAACACAGAGGGUUAACUGGAGUGAACCUUCAACUGCUGAACACAGUUCCAAAGGGAAUUCCGAGAGGACACCGUCCUUCACGUCUGAAUGGGAAGAAAUUGACAAAAUAAUGAGUUCCAUAGACGUUGGAAUCAACAGUGAACUUGAAGAGAUGAAUGGUGAGACUGCGA